AUGGAAAGUUCAUUUUUCGAAUAUCGUGACGCUACAGCAGCAGAAGAUGACUCUGACACAGAAAUAAUUGAUAACAGUUUGAUUGAGGAUCAAUCUUUUUCGACUACAAAGAAACCUGGCAUUAAAAAUCAAACUGUAUUUAUUGCUGAAUCUGAGGAAUCCACAUCUGAAGACGAUACCGAUGCAGAUGCUAAAGAGCGAAGAUUUUUGUCGGUGUCGGUCACUAGAAGGAGUAGUGUGGGAGAAUCGACCCUUAUAUCCAGUAGUGAUGAUGAUAAAAGUACAAGAGGCAGUGUUCAAAAUCAGUCAGAAACCUCAAACAAAGUAGUUGUUACUUCUUCUGAUGAAGAAAUGUCACCUGAAAUCGUACCACGACGGCGACCAAACAAUACGUCCAGAAGAUCGUCGCUAUGUUUUAUUGGUCGGAAAAACAGGAAACGCAUGAUUUUAACAGACUCUGAUACAGAGAAUUCAAUAAUCAUAGAACGUGACAAGAAUAGGAAACACGCAUGUUUAAAAGAUACACCUGCUAAGAUAAAAAGUAUAGUGUUAGCUACGGCUACACCUGACAAAACAAAAAUGGCUGAUGAUAGUUAUCACAAUAGUCGUGACUUUAGUGAUGACCAAGUAGAGGGUGGCAAUGUUAGUAAAAAUUCCUCUGAUGACGAGGAAGAAAAUAUUCCCCAAAAGGCUGAUACGAGUAAUUGUAGCAAAGAAUGUGGUCAAAAUUCCAAUGAUGAACAUCUUGACUGUGACAAAGGAAGCCUUAAAAUUUGUAGUAGUGAUCGAAAAAAAUCCAACAGUCCAGAAGGUUCUGGCGAAGUAUCCAACAAUAAAAAAUCUAAAAACAAUCAAGAUGAACAAAAUUUAAAUAGUGAAGAGCCUAAAUCUGAUGCAACAGAAAACAGUGAAGUCGAUGAAAGCGACGGACUUGAUGAGGAUCAGAUGGUGAUGUCUCGAGCUACGCGGAUGAGUAUAAUGGGUUUUGUGCCUAAAGAGAGCCCCAGUGACGAAUCGGACUUCAUACAGUCUGAUGAUAAUUCGACAUCACGACCAAACUCCGCAAACGGCUUGACGGAUUUACCAGACGUAAGUGUCUCCUUGCGUAAAACACCAAAAAAACUGAACAAUGAUAACGAUGAGAACAAUGACGACGAUAAACACAAUGAAUCUAGUAUAACAUGUUCACCAUUCAGCAGCCCACUAAAGGAUAUAACUAACAAUUUUAACGAGUCAUUCAAAAUUGACGAUAAAAACAAAAGCAAUAGAGUUCAAAAUACCAACGACAUAAUAUGUGACUUGACACACAAUGAUUCCUUCGAGAUCUACGAUUUAACCAGAAGUGAACGCAAUUUCUCAAGUAAUAAAGUGUUAAAUAGAGUAACAGGAAGUGGCAGCACUUAUAAUGAGCAAGUCAUUGAUGAUGAUUUGACCGUUAUUGACGCACAACCGGAAAUUAUUGCGCUCAGCAGCGAUGACGAAGAUGAGGUGAAAGAAGAAAAGAAAUCACCAAAAGUGAAAAAAUCGCCGAUCAAAACAUCGGAGACCUCCGCAUCGAAAACGCAGAGUGUGAGGAGUGAUAUGAAGCAGUAUCUCCUACCCCCGAGCUACCCCAACCAGGUGGUGUACGUGCAGAAGCACGUGCGGGAGAACGAACUUGCCAAACUUCAAGGGCUCCAGGAGGACCUGCAAAAUAUUCGGCUACUAUUGGAGAACAUGGAUGUAGAUACAUUGCCGGAUGGAGGCGUGAAACUGAUAGAAAGGCUGACAGCCCUUGAGCAGGAGGUGAGGCGUCAGGGGGACAAGGUCGCUAACAUGGUGGUCGAAUCAGAUAAUCCAACGCUCGAAGCCGUCGCCAAAGAUGGGUUUAAGGAGGAAGAAAAUAAAGGGCUUUCCUGGGAUGACAUACAAAAGGCCAGUCACGCGGUACAGCCUAAAAUGUUUGGCAAACAAGCAAUGGCGACCCACAUGGCGGAGCGAAACCUGAUACUGGAGCGUCUCCGUGACCUGCACGAGUCCCUGGCGUCCCGGCCUCCAGAGAACGAAUUCGCAGAGAAUCCAGCAGCACUGAAGACGCAGUUAAUGCCCUACCAGCUGCAUGCACUCGCCUGGCUACGUUGGAGAGAGACGCAACGGCCAUCUGGUGGCAUACUAGCGGAUGACAUGGGUCUAGGUAAAACUAUCACGAUCAUAGCGCUGAUAGCAAGCGACAAGGAAAGCAACAUCGAUAAUGAUGACGGCGAAUACGACGAUUAUACUGGAAAGAACAGUUCCAAAUUGAUCGUCGGCGGCACGUUGGUGGUGUGCCCCGCGUCGCUGAUGCAGCAGUGGGCGGGCGAGGUGGCGCAGCACUGCCGGCCGCACCGCAUCUCCGUGUGCCAGCACCACGGCGCCGCCAGAGCGCAGCAGCCGCACCGCCUCGCCACCUACGACCUCGUGCUCACCACCUACAACAUCCUGCUGCGCGACACUGACAAGGGCGGUGUGCUGUGCCGCGUGCGCUGGCGCCGCGUGGUGCUGGAUGAGGCGCACGUGGUGCGCAACCACAAGAGCCUGACGGCGGCCGCCGUGCUGCCGAGCUCGCUGCGAGCCGCCCGCCGAUGGGCGCUCACCGGCACGCCGCUGCACAACCGCGACCUCGACCUCUUCGCGCUGCUGCGCUUCCUCGGCUGCUCGCCCUUCGAUGACCUGCAGAUGUGGAAGAAGUGGAUCGACAACAAGAGCCUAGGCGGGCAGGAGCGGCUGAGCACGAUCAUGCGGUGCGUGAUGCUGCGCCGCACCAAGCUGCAGCUGCAGGAGCGCGGCCAGCUGGCCUGCCUGCCGCCGCGCGACCUGCACGAGCGCACCGUGCACCUGGCUCGCGACGAGCUCAACGUCUACCAGAAGUUGUUAGUGUUUUCAAAGACCCUGUUCGCUCAGUUCCUCCACCAGCGCGCAGAGAAGCGAGCCGACGCACAAGGGUUCCAGCCAGGGAAGGACAGCGCUUACGCUGAUAUGCACAAAAAGAUGAUCAAACUGCAAGGUGCAAAACCAGUCAAAUCUCACGAGAUCUUGGUACUUCUGCUACGGUUGAGGCAAAUUUGCUGCCAUUGCGGUCUCAUAGCAGCCAUGCUGACCGAUGGUGACGCAGUCGGUGAAGAGUUGGUGACGGAUAACGCGGAGAACGAUCUGCUGGACGAGCUCAACAAACUCGUUCUGGAAGACAAGAAGAAUACCAAGAGGAAGAGCGGUGCAGGCGAGGAGGAGGAGGGUGGGGAGGAGGAUGGCGGGGACGGGGAGGAGGAGGGCACGACGGCGGCGGAGGCGGUGCGCUCGGUGCUGUCGCGCAGCAACCCGGUGUUCGAGCUGGCGCGCCGCUCCUCCAAGAUCGACGCCGUCAUGGCCUGCCUCCACGACGACGUCUUUCCUAAUCACGGCGAAAAAGCUGUGGUGGUGUCUCAGUGGACGGGCGUGCUGAGGCUGGUGGAGCGCGAGUUGAAGCGCGCGGGCGUGCAGUGCGUGACGCUGAGCGGCGACGUGCCCGUGCCGGCGCGCGACCCGCUCGUGCGCGCGCUCAACGACCCCGCCUCGCCCGUGCGGGUGAUGCUCCUGUCGCUGACGGCGGGCGGCGUGGGGCUGAACCUGUGCGGCGCCAGCCACCUGCUGCUGCUGGACCCGCACUGGAACCCGCAGCUGGAGCAGCAGGCGCAGGACCGCGUGUACCGCGUCGGGCAGGCGCGCCACGUACACAUCUACAGAUUCAUGUGUGUGGAUACGGUGGAGCAGUCUAUCAGACAGCUGCAGAAAGUCAAGCUGGAGUUGGCCGACAACGUGCUGACAGGGGCCCGACACAACAACGCAUCCAAGCUCUCCAUCGAGGACCUCAAGAUGCUCUUCAAUAUGGGGCAGUGA